AGCAACGCGAGCCCAUGCAGCAGCCGCAGGCGUCGCCGGCCGAGCCCUGCUCGUCGCCAAAGCAGCCGACCGCCUUCUCGGUCGACGACAUCCUGGACCCGGCAAAGUUCACCGGCACGAGGUUCCGGUGGCGGCCGCUGCUCGACUCCCCGACCGAGUGGCCGCCCGACGAGCGCGACUCGUCGCCGGCCAAGGGUGGCAAGCUGUCGUCCUCGUCUUCGUCCUCGUCCUCGUCGUGCUCCAAGAAGAAGCCCGAACCCAAGGCGGGCAAGCCACGGCGCGCGCGCACCGCCUUCACCUACGAGCAGCUGGUGGCUCUCGAGAACAAGUUCAAGACGACCCGCUACCUGAGCGUCUGCGAGCGGCUCAACCUGGCGCUGUCGCUGCGGCUCACCGAGACGCAGGUCAAGAUCUGGUUCCAGAAUCGACGCACCAAGUGGAAGAAGCAGAACCCGGGUCUGGACGCCAACAGCCCCGCGCUGCCGGCAUCGCCGCCGUCGCCCUUCUCGGCGGGAUCCCUGUACGGGCCCUACCUGGCGCCCUACUCCGUCUUCCCGCAGCCGCCUUUCUUCCCGUCGUAGCGCCGCCCCGCCCCGCUUGUACAGUCGCAAUAAACCCGUGCCCCCA